AAUGGGAAGAUGUUUGCUGGACUGAUGGGGCUGGGGAGUCACAGUAACUCUUUGCUUCACCGCUGCGAUGUCGUGGAAGGUGGCAGAGCAUCAGGGACAGCUGGCAGCUCGACACGUAAGAGGCUCCACCGAAGACCAGGGUACAUGAGAGAACAGUCCAGACUCCAGAGCACUUCUCAUGAGCAGGAGGAGGAGGAGGAGGAGGAGGAGGAGGAAGGGAGGCCCUCUUGCAUUAGGAAUGGAAAAUCUGGACGUCACACUGACAUAACUGAGGGAACUCAGAGGAUGAGUCUUACAUCUGCUGUCAAAGCGUCUGCAAUGAAUCAGCAGAAGCCUGAUAAACUCACAUGUAGCUCCUGGAAGAGUAUUUCCAUCUCUGUUACCCACCCGAUCCCUCAUGUGGACUACAGUGCCCUGAAUGGUACAUCCAUCCACCGGGCUCCGUCCUCUCCACCCCAGAAUGAACUCAGGUUAAGCCCAAGCCCAGCCCGCCGGCCCCCACCAGAGGACACCUUUAACUCCAGCUUCAGUUUCAUCCAGCAGUCUCUCAACUCCAGCCAGAGGACAGACACAUCCACUGCCACGCCAUCCCGGGAACCAGAACCACUAAAUCAGUCCCUUAAAGCACCUAAUUCGCCUCAAACAAAACCAGCCACCUUAUCUAUUGAGCACAAUGUCUUAAAACAGUCAACUCCUGUCCAAUCACUGCCGUCCUCCAGCCAGGUGGAGAGAGAGGAGCUGUCAUUGGGUGGGAGGUUUUGGCAGGACUGUCAGUGGGAUGACAGGGAGGUUACACCCGACCUGCCUGACUGUGACUCCCAAUCUCUGGACAUAGAGCUCACCUCGUCACUAUCUGUGGACUCAGACACCGCCUCCGCCUCUUCUGUCACCUCCGGAUACGAGAGCGCCACGCCCGCCUCCGACCAAGGCUGGGACAACCUGGUGAAGAAGUACGAGGGCGUGCUGCAAGACUGCCUCCAAAACAACCGCACUCACACUAAGAUUGAGUCCAUGAUGUUGAAGCUACAGAGGCUCCAGCAGAAAGCCAUUUUGGAUGAUGACUAUGAUGCAGCUGAGCGUUUUGGGAAAAAGCUGGAGGAGCUGUGCAGAGAGCGAGGCGCUCUGAAGCUGGGUUUACCCUCCACACAGCCCAGCGUGGCUCUGUUCCUCCAGCGGCUCACACAGGUGGUGCACAGCGCCCUCCAGAGGGCAGACUACAGCCAGUGCAGGGAGGGUGCUGAGGCUGAUGCAGGGGAACGGCCCGACUCAUUGCAGGCUCCACUGCAUCGAAGAGAUCGUCUGAUUCAAGAGAAACGGCUGGUAGAGGAGGAGAUAUCGGAGCUGCAGCGGCGGCUGACGGAGCUGAAGGACCGCAGUCGAUGCCUGGAGCAGGAGAUCCAGCAGGAGGAGCAGCGGAUGGAGGCCGAGGAGCUGGAGGGCUCCGUGCUGAGGAGCUGCACCAUGGCCCAGCUCCGCGACAUGAGCCGGACCCUGCAGGACCUCGUCACUUCUGAAAAUCGCACACAGAUCUCUGUCUCUCCUUCACCGUCCUUGCUCAGACUCCAGGAGCAGGAGCAGGCAUUGAAUCUGUCCAUCAAGGAAGCCACUGCUAAGGUGGUCAUGAGUCAGAGGCUGGGCAGCAGCCUGAGGAGGAAAGUCAGCGAGACUGAAACUCAGCUUCUGGCACUGCAUGAAGCCAAGCUGGCGGCCAUCUCAGGUAAUGACUUCAGCAGUGCCAAGGAGCUGAAAGCUGAGAUGAAGGCGGUGUACCUGGAGCGGGACCGGCUGGAUGCUCUGGCGAAGAGGCUGCACAGCCUCAGCUCGGGGAGCAGCCAGGAGCUAGCCAGGAUGAAGGAGCAGCGGCAGCAGCUCAGGCAGGAGCUGGAGCAGAGGGAGGCCCAGCACGAAAGCCGGCUGAAAGAGAACACUACCAAGUAUAUGAAGCUACUGGAGGACAGAUUGCACAGCUGUGGCUGUCCGGGCUUGGAGCGGAUCUGGGAAGCAGACCUGGAAGCGUGUCACCUGUUCCUUCGCGGCCUCCAGUUGCGGACUCCCAGCUGCAGUGCAGGAGACAUCGAAGACCUCCCCACUGCACUUCCCCCCUCUUAUUCUCCAACCCAGCCAUGCACCAAAGAAGAAGAAGACUGUGCCAUGCUCACUGCAUUAGGAGGACGCUGGUGUCCCGAGGCCAACUUACAGAAUUCUGAGUUCACAAAGAAAUUGGAGGAGUUUCUGUUCUGCAUGGAGGACAAUCAUCCAGAGGACGGGUGCAGCGAGGUUGCAGACCUGACAGAGCGCUGCGAGCUGAUCAGUGACAGACUAAUGACCUUGGAAGAUGAAUUGCAGACGGCCAUACUGAACCGGGAUCAGGCCCUCACCCAGUCGUUGGAAAAGGAGGUUCAGGAAGUAAAAGCCACUUUACAAACCAUGCUCGCACAGCUCAAAGAGGAAGAAGAAGAGGUGGAGGAAGUGGAUGAGUUACAAGAUGAUGACCUCAUGAAAAAUGGGACUGAGGAAGACGAAGAAGAAGAAGAAGAGGAAGAGGAAGAGCAGGAAGAAGAGGAUCAGUAUUUCAGUGACAGCUGGGGCAUUUGAAAUGGAUGCUCGUCAUGUUUUAUGACCACUCACACAGACUGGCUCUCUGAGAGCCUGACCUCAGCUUUGCAGUAGGAGUGACCCCAAAUCCAUUUACUGUAAAGCCUCACUCAAAGGGCUUCACAACCAGCCUCUGUGGUACUGCUGAAAGUUUCCAGUACAAAGCCUUGGAGAGUCUGUGUAUCAUUUCAUCCAUUUAGAAAUAGGAAAACAUGAAGGAUUUUGAUAAUAUUUGACACUUUAAUGCAAAUUUCAGAAGUUCCUCAGACCUUGCCAGCCUAAGUGUAACCAGCUAAAGAGUGCCUUUGGCCAACAAGCCCAAAUAGUGAUUAUUUUUUCAAUGAAAAUGUUUUUGGAUACAUGUUUUCAUGAGCAACUAGAUGAUAUUCAGUUUAAUAUUUAAAAUUUACUGUAAAAACAUUACUAAUGUGGUUAUUUGAAUAUAAAGGGUUUUUCAGUUGCUCUGGUUUGCUGCCAUGAGAAUUGAUCAGCCUUAAAGCAAGACUGUGUAACUUUUGCUGAACAACAGUAAAUUGUGGCUCUAUCUAUUCAGUGUUUGCUAAUAUUAGCUAACAUUAGCAACAUAUACUGUAUAAUAGAAGUGGCUAAGCCACCGUGACAUCAGUUAUUGGUUUGUGGACUACCGAUUUGAAGUCUUGAAUUGGGCGUUUUGGCCGUUGCCACGUUGGUUUUUUGGAGACAGAAGUGACCAUAUUUGGAAUGUUAGCUAGCUUUGUUAGCAAGGUGCACCGGUAAUUCACCUUAAAUGUGAUAUUUAUUGGAAUGCUGAUUUGGGCUAGUGCAAAACAAAAUGUACUUGCUGAAAAAAAUAACAGGUGACUCCUUAAAGUGUCUUUUAUUGCAACAGAAUGCUGAACAAGACAUUUUUAAGUGACUUACAAUUAACUAUAAUGAACUGAACAGUGUGAAAGGGCCAACGUUCUGAGUUGAAACAGGCAAGUUCACGGCUUUUUAAAUGUACACAAUGCCAUGGAUAUGCAAAUCUAAGUCUCUGUCCUGAUUAUUUCGAAAUAAUCAUAAUUUUUUUUUGUUUUGCAAGUGGUGGAGUUGUCCCCUGCUGGCAAUCAGGAAUAAUGAAAGGUUAAAGUUUAAGUUUGUAAGAGCAAUUAUAUGUCAUUUUUUCUUUCAAAAGUUACACGGUCUUGCUAUAAAAAUCAAUGUGUAAAACAGUACAUUCCCUGCAAGCCUGACUGAAGCUGAAAAAUCACUAAUCGCUCACCACAACAACCUGUUUGAAUUUUGCCCGAGGACCAAGCGGACAAUCUUUUACUGGUAACAUUCUUGCACAUAAACUAAAAUGUAUGCUUAAUUUUUUUUAAGGUCAGCUUGGCACUUUUGCGUGUUUUCUGUACGAUUGGACUUCAGUUACGUGUAAUUCUGUCCAUGAAAUAACUCAUUUGUGGUGCUACAGAAUGUGAGCUAACUUGAACACUUUAUUAUUGUUUUUUUGUGUGUGUGGAAAAUGCAAUAUUUUGGUUAUUUUUUCCUCCUUGUUUUAAAGCACUGUAUGCAUGCUUGGAGAGAUGUUCUGUAUUUUAAAAUACAUCUGUCACAAUAGUUAAAUUGUGUCAUAUGCAUGUAGGAAAUAUUGAAGGAUCAGUGGACACAUAAGUAUUUGCAACUGCUGUUUUUUCUCCCGCUGAUUAUGUGUUGUUUUACUUUAUGUAUCUUCAUUCCACUGGGUGGUACAAUUUUUGUACUUUCACCCAUUAAUCAGUUUUUUAAUUUACUGUGCAGCUUGAACCUGCUGUAUCAUAUUUUAUAUUUAUUCCUUACAGCAUCACACUAAUUACAGCAUGUACCAUUCAGCCUAA